UCUGUGUCCCCUCGCUUGCUCGGGCUGCCUCCGUCUCUCUCUCUCUCCCUCUCUCAUGCUCGCAUUCUCACCGACCACCCGCCGGCCGCCGCCGGGCACCUCGCCACGCCCACGCCCCCUCGCCGAUCCAUCCGCCCUCCACGCCGUCGUGCCACGGCGCCGCGGCGUUUUGCUGGUCCGAUUCCCGGCCAGCGCUCACCAUAAAUCAGAAGGAGCCGCAAAAAUCGCCUUGCCCUAAACCUCGAUAAGUGAUCCGGUCUUGACUCACCCACGUUCUGCGCAGUAGGACUUUGGGAGUAAUUCCAGUAUCGGCAGCACCUCAACAAUCGCUAGUGGAAGCGCUUUGGUGUGCUUACAAUGUCCAUCUUCUGCUCCGUUCUCCCAAGAGUAGCAAGAUCUAAUGGUUGGAGAUACUUCUCUACUGGGAUUCCUUCUGAUACUAUAGCAGAGCUAAACAAGGAAAUGAAAUCAAUAUUUGGCGAAUCUCCUUCACCCAGUCCUUUAGGCUCAAGUCCUCCUCAGCAACCAGCCUCGCCCACUUAUGGAACUGAGGAUUCACAACCAGUGCUUACCCAUACUGAUAGCAGCGGGCAGGCGAAGAUGGUUGAUGUCUCACCCAAAGAAGACAGCAAGAGAGUUGCUAUAGCCAGCUGCAGGGUCUUGCUUGGCCGAAAGGUGUUUAAUUUGGUGGCAUCAAACGAGAUUGCGAAAGGAGAUGUCCUUACUGUUGCAAAGAUUGCUGGAAUAACUGGUGCAAAGCAAACUAGCAACCUCAUUCCCCUUUGUCACAACAUUAAUCUUUCCCAUGUUCGUGUUGAUCUUACUCUCAAUGAAGAGGAUUCUAGUGUCGUGAUAGAAGGGGAAGUCACAACCAGCGGGAAGACAGGGGUUGAGAUGGAAGCAAUGACUGCAGUAGCCAUUGCCGGCCUCACAGUUUAUGACAUGUGCAAAGCCGCUUCAAAGGACAUUUGUAUAGCGGAUGUCUGUCUCCAGCACAAAUCUGGGGGAAAGAGUGGAAAUUGGUCCAGGAAUUAAAGGGGUCAAUUAUUGCUCUGAGCAUGUGAACUGCAAGCAUGAUUUGGGCAUCAAAAGGUUUUCUAGUUCUCACUCCAAAAGGUUUUGAUUUGGCUUUGAAUGCAGGCUCCUCCUUGAAUGUUUUCAAGACAACAUUUGUGUCUCUGUACUCCUAUAUGUUGUAGAUACGUUGUUCAAUGAUGGUUAUAUCAGUUGAUUUUCAAAUUUA